AUGCAAAUUCAGAAUUUGGUUUUGAAUUUCGAGUUAUUCUGGGGAAGCUCAAAUGAGAUAAGAUAUGUUCAUUCAUCAGCAGAUCAACACAGGUUUUGUUCCUUUGUAAUAAAAUCUCAAUCACAAUUAUGGGGUCCACGCCUGCGGUCAGCUAUGGCUGCGCUCCCAACCAGACAAUAUUUUCCCGAGGAAGAAAUAAUUUACAUAUCUUCAAAUCAAGGCAUCAAAGAUGGUGAGACCAUUGUUUCAACUGGAGGAAUGUAUGAACUGGGCUUUUUUAGCCCCAGUAACUCAAACAAUCGAUACUUGGGAAUAUGGUUCAAGAAGAUAUCAACAGGUAGAGUGGUAUGGAUUGCAAACAGAGAGUUUCCAUUACUCAAUAGAACAGGCACCCUCAAAAUCAACAGAAAGGGACACCUAUUGCUUUCCUGCUGUGGCGAUACAGUAAUCUGGUCAUCCAAUUCCUCCGCGUUUGUCAGAUAUAAUAACAAUCCAGUGGCACAACUUUUGGAUACUGGAAAUUUUGUUGUAAAAGAUGGUGAUAAUAGUAGUUCUAAUAAGACAAACUUCAUAUGGCAAAGUUUUGAUUAUCCUGGUGACACCUUGCUAGCUGGAAUGAAACUUGGUAUGGACUUUGUAAGAGGCAUAAACAGGAGCUUGACAUCAUGGAAAGGUCCUGAUAAUCCUUCUCCAGGUCAGUAUGUAAGUUAUAUAGAUACAAAUGGAUAUCCACAAAUAUUAUUGAGCCAAGGUGUAGUAGUAGAUGUAAGAUUUGGACCAUGGAAUGGCAUCAGGUUUAGUGGUUUGCCUACUGAGAUGUCAAAUCCAAUUUACUCUCUUGAUUUUGUUGUCAACCAGAAGGAAGUAUAUUAUAAAUUCGAGCUGAAGAGUUCAAUUGUUCAGAUAAUACAUUUGAAGUGGGAUGGAAGCAUAUCAAUGUUGCAUUGGAACAAUCGAAGUCAGGAUUGGCUUGUGUAUACAAGUGGUCUGAUUGAUAGUUGUGGUCACUAUGGAAUCUGUGGUCCUUAUGGAAGUUGUAACACCAACACAAAUCCUCCUUGUAAUUGUAUGGAAGGUUUUGAACCAAAAAGCCCUGAAGAAUGGAACAUAGCAGACUGGUCGAAUGGGUGUAAGCUCCAAAUUCCUUUAGAUUGCAAGGGUGGGGAUGCCUUUCGGAAAGUUACUAAAAUGAAAUUUCCUGACACACGACAUUCAUGGUACAAUAGGAGCAUGACACUUGGCGAGUGUGAGAUAGCCUGCAGGAAAAAUUGCACUUGUACAGCUUAUGCAAAUUUGGAUAUCAGAAAAGGGGGGAGUGGAUGCUUGCUAUGGUUUGGUGAACUCAUGGAUCUCAAGGUCUGUGAAGAGAGUCAAGAUCUUUACAUAAGAAUGCCUUCAUCCCUACUAACAGGUCUUACAGUCUCCCAACCUGGCUUCAAUAGAAAGAUCCAAAUACUCAUCAUAGUCUUGUCAAUUUUGGUGGUCUUAAUGGGCAUGUCUGUAGUAGUGUAUGCUUUCAGGAUUAAAAGGAAAAGGUCUUACAUGAAAGGACGAGGGCGAAGGGUACACUCCAUUGAUAGACAUUAUUCAGAUGUAGAGAAGGAAGAUCUAGAGCUGAAUUUUUUUAGCUUAUCUAUAAUAACCAAGGCUACCAAUAACUUCUCAGUUGAGAAUAAGCUUGGAGAAGGUGGCUUUGGUCCUGUUUACAAGGGAGUGUUGGAAACAGGACAAGAAAUAGCUGUGAAGCAACUUUCUAGGACUUCUGAACAAGGUUAUGAUGAAUUCUACAAUGAAGUUGUUUGUGUUGCCAAACUUCAACAUCGGAAUCUUGUGAAGCUUCUUGGAUACUGCAUGGAUGGAGAUGAAAGGAUCCUGAUUUAUGAAUACCUGUCUAACAAAAGCCUGGACUUACUUCUAUUUGAUGAAACCAAAAGUUGUAUGCUUGACUGGCCUCGACGUUUUUGCAUCAUCAGUGGGAUUGCUAGAGGAAUGCUUUAUCUCCACCAAGAUUCUCGCCUUCGAAUCAUACACAGAGACCUCAAAGCAGCCAAUAUUCUGUUGGAUCAUGACAUGAACCCUAAAAUAUCAGAUUUUGGCCUUGCUAGAGAGUUUGAAGGAAACCAGAUUACAGCCAAAACGAAGAAAGUGGUUGGAACAUAUGGUUACAUAUCACCCGAAUAUGCACUUCAUGGGCGUUUCUCUGUAAAAUCAGAUGUGUUUAGUUUUGGUGUUUUGGUGCUGGAGAUAGUGAGUGGGAAGAAAAACAGAGAAUUCUCACAUGAAGAUCUCAGUGAUAACCUUCUUGGACAUGCAUGGAGACUGUAUAUAGAAGGCAAGUACCUUGACCUCAUGAGUCCAUCUUUACGUAAGUCAUGCAUUAUCUCAGAGGUGAAAAGAUCAAUACAUGUUGGGCUAUUAUGUGUACAAAAUCAUGCACAAGAUAGACCAACUAUGUCCUCUGUGGUUAUGAUGUUGGGUGGUGAUGGAUCGCUACCUCCACCUAAACAACCUGCUUUCUUUGCUGAAGAAGGUUCGCCUAAGCACUACACCUUUUCAGAAGUUGAUGAAGCAACUAUAACAUUGUUAGAUCCUCGGUAGGAAAUAAGUAUUCAUAUGCCAAAUAUUGGUGUACAUUUAGCCACCAUUAAUGGUUUUUGUGUAAUUAUGUAUCAUGAAGUUGCAUGCUUUUGUCAAUAGUAUC